AUGGCGGCGACGGGAUGGCUGCGUCUCGGGUUUCACGCGGUGAGCCUGGCGGUUGUGGCGUACUCCGUGGUGUGGCUGAGGCAGCUCGGCAUGCUGGCGCCCUGGCUCGUGCUGAUGUUCACCAUGUGGGGGCUGGCGACGUUGGGCGCCUUCCUCUGCGUUGCGCUGGUGGUCGACGCGAGCAAGCUCUGGGCCUUCACCCUGCAGCUGCACGAACUGCUCUUCGCGCUGGCAUGCUUCUUCGCCGUGAUCGUCACCACCAUCUUCUGGGGCCUCUUCUUCUACGACCGGGAGCUCAUCUUCCCUCGCGCCUUCGCCUUCCCGGCUCUCCUCAACCACAUCCAACACACGCUGCCCAUGGUCGUGCUCGCUCUGGAGUUCCUUGCCCUCCACCGUCGGCCUCGCGCCUUCUUUCGCCACCAUCCGCCCGUCUCGCUCUUGCUCGAGCUGAGCGUGCUUGUGGGCGGCGUCAUCGCCUACCUGCACCUGACCGCCGCGCUCUACGCCAAGAGCGGCCGGUGGCCCUACCCCUUCAUGUCCGGCUUCACCUUCUCCACCUUCCUGGGCUUUGCCACCAUCGCCGUUGUCGCCGCCCUUCUCGUCUCGCACCUUCUGCGCUCGGCUCGACUCCACCUCCACUACGCCCCACCCCGAAAGCCCGAGUGA